UCCCUGUUCAAGUUAAAGACCAGCCACCGGAACAGAGGAGGUCGUGCCGUCCAAAAUGCAAACCUGAGUUCUGUAUCAAACAUCCAAAAGCCAUAUGCUCAGCUGUAGAUGUAGCUGAAUUUCCCCAGCCAUGCCAAUCAAAGUGCCAACAUACGUCUUGUAGCGCGUGUAAAUUUGUUGCGCAGCCAUCUUGCAGGAAGUGCGCCAAUGAUGACUUCCGGUGUAUGCGCAAAUUUGGAAGAUGCAUCCGUAAAGAUACAUGCUCCAGAAGAAAAUAUCCAUGUAAAGAGAAAUAUUUUUCGUUCUGGGAGAAACAGCAAGGAAAGUUCCAGUGUUUUGUUCCCGAGUGUUAGGAUAUAACAAAGAUAAUGACAAAUAUUCAUCCAUAUCAGAUUUAUAUGUUAUUUUAUUUAUUCUUAAAAAACUUAAACAUUUCUAUAGUUUUUCGUCUAUUUUCAUCAAUGACUGACGAUUGUUUUACCAUGAUACAGUAUAAUCCACAUUCGAGAAAUGCAAUGCUUCUAGCUAGUGGUCUUUCAUACAAACACGUGUAUGUGAAACACGUGACUAGAGUAGAAAAGUUUAAAAGUGCAAUCCAAUUUAGAAUAGAAAUCAUAAAUAUAAUGUAAUAUUCACGCAAUGCUCUCAGAUAUAGAUUGCUAAUGUCAAAAGUGAAUGUGUAGGGUCACAAGAAAAACGCAAUUAUAAAGACGUCACGAGAUAAACUUGCAGCGCAAUAUGUAUAUAUAAAGACGGCACGAGAAAAACGUGCAGCGCACGAGAGAAAACAUGCAGAUGUACAUUAUGUCACAAAGAAAUCGAGUAUCACACCCGUGGACAAUUUGCGUAGUGACAUAAGAAAGACGUGAGACGUACAGUGGUUCAAAAAGCAACAACAAAAAAUGGUAGUGAUCAACAAGGAUAACGAGAAGCGACAUAGUACAUAGGCCUGCUUUAGUGGUUGUAUAAGCAUAAUUCUGUUGAUAUAAUAUAUUUUUGAUGAAUACAUACAAAAUUGUUGACAUAUGGUGAAUGACAUUUGAAAUUAUGUAAUAUGUAUAUAUUCGAUUUUUAGUUUCUUUAGUAGGGAUGUGCAUUAAGAAAAAGACACAAGUGAUUAAAUCAAUUUUAUGUAUUUAUUUUUGCUGGGAUACAGCGAUUGGUUUUUGUGAUAUAUUUAGAAUUUUCUUGUUUUUUUUCUUCUUUUAUAUCAGUUUCAGUUUUUGGUAUAUCGUCAUAUACAAAAUACCUUUAUCCAUAUACAACAUAAAAUGAUUUACAAACGGUGAUUUUGCUGCAAUUUAAUUACACAGUAUGACUGAUUGCGUUAUUUUCUUCAUGUUAUUUUUACAAAGAAAAUAGAAAGUUGUUAUCAGUUAACUUUUAGUUGUCUUUUUUUCACUAAUUUCAAGGAAAAAAAUGCCCUUUAUUAGAUACAUGUACCUUUAUGAUAAAACAUAUAAUUCAGAUAAAAAUAUCAAAAUAACGCAUAGGAAAAUUUAACAGUACUAUUCUAAAAGUAUACUAUGCAACAUUGAAAAAAGAAAGAAUAUGAAUUUAGAAUACAAGAUAAAAGAUAUUAAACUAAAAGGUUAAAAAAUAAAUUCAUUAAAUUUUUCCCCCUUUUUAACAAGAUUAAUCAGCGUAUGUUUAUUUGAUGCAGAUAAUUUUAUCAUACAAAUAUAAAUAGAAAAAAAUAAUUGGUUGUAACAAUUAAAAAAAAUCAUAUAUUAUUACAUGUAACUUAGUCAGUUGAAUAAAACUUAGGAGGCAAAUACGAGUUUACCUACACAAUGUACGAGUACAUGUAGAAAUGUACAAUCUGUACAGACCAGUUAUUUCUCUAAUAUUUAUUGAAUGUCCAUGUUUUCAUUAUAUAGA